AUGCCAGCUAUGGCCACGACUCCCCCGCAUUACUUAUGCACUCCACACCCCAAGUAUGGAAAGGCAUUAAUCGAGGCAAAUCUUCAGGUGGGCACGGAUACGCUAGCCGGAAUUGCGCAGUGGAUGGUGAUCCGUGAGGACGCCGAUAAAGGAGCAUUCCCAGCAUCUCGAAAAACAUUACAACAGCGUGCGCCUACCAUCAUGGGCCUAAAAAAAUUCUUUAACAAGGAUGGACUGAAGAGUUCCACCGACGCUUCUUCCUCCUCCUACCCUGGAUCAUCCAAAGAAGAGUUAGAUGAGGAAGUUGGACACAACACCAAUAUACAGAUAGGUUGGACUGGUGAUGGACAUGCCGGUGCCAAUGAGUAUCCAAACACCGAAGGAGAGAACUACCGCACAAUGGGUCGAUGGCGAGCUUGUGUCAUCUUGAUCACAAUCGAGGUGGGUAUUGGCGUUCUCAGUCUUCCAUCAGCCCUACAAACGCUAGGCUUGAUACCUGGAAUCAUCGCCAUCAUAGGAUUCGGUAUCCUCACGACAUAUUGUGGUUACAUCCUGGUCCAAUUCUACCGUCGCUACCCCAUGGUCACCAACCUUGUGGAUUGCGCACUUUACGUAGGAGGGAAACCGUUCGAGUACUUCCUUGGCAUCGCUUUUGUAUUCAAUCUGGUGCUCAUUUGUGCUUCGGCCAAUAUCACCAUGUCGGUUGCGCUCAACACACUUUCAGGCCACGCCCUUUGCACAGUGGCCUUCAUGGCAUUCCCUCACAUCGUAUGUUGGAUGCUAUGUCUCCCACGCAAAUUGACAUUCGCAGCUGCAUUCUCGUGGGUGUGUACAAUCUCCAUUGUAGCAGCUGUUCUCAUUGUUAUGGUCGCCCUCGGCGUAGCUGGACCACAAGCACCUCCUGGUUUCGAUGCAGAAAUCAUAUUAGUGGGGAAACCGACCUUCGUUCAGACUGUCAAUGCGCUCCUCAACAUCGCCUUUGCCUUUGCUGGAAAUCAGAGUUUCAUUUCCGUCAUGGCGGAGAUGCGCAAUCCCCAAAAGGAUUUUGCACCAGCACUAUUCAUGCAGAAGUCUUUUGAGGUUGUCGUGUACAUUGUUGUCGCAUGUGUUAUAUACGCACUUGCAGGGGAUGCGGUAACCUCACCCGCGCUUGGGUCUGCUCCUAUUAUACCAGCCAAGAUUGCCUAUGGGAUCCUGAUUCCCAGUGUGCUCGGUACCGGCCUUGUCAUCGGAAUUACAGCAAUUAAGUAUAUGGUUCUACAUCACCAUCAUGCGCAACGCAAAGCCAGAACCAAGUCAACGUUUCCAACACCUUCACGUGGACUCUGUGGAUCGCUAUUCGGUUCGUUGUUCUGGAUUGUGUCUUUCAUCGUAUCCAAUGCUAUACCGAUUUUCAGUUCCAUUCUGAACAUCAGCUCCGCAAUCUUUAUCAGUUGGUUUACCUUUGGACUGACCAGUGUCUUUUGGUUGCAUCUGAACUGGAAAUCACAAUGGAGUACAGGCCGCAAGAUCGUGCUAGCGUUGAUCGACUAUGCGAUCUUGCUUAUGACGGUCUUUCUUAACGUAGGUGGAUUGUACACUUCGCUCAAAGCGCUGAUUGAUAUUUUCAAUGAUCCUACUACGACGUACCAGGCACUGCAGCACUUCGGAUCGACCGGAUCUAUGGUGGAGGUAUACCACGCGCCUACCACAUCUGAAUGGGUCACAGUCUGCUCUUAG